AUGACGGGCCUUCUUUUGUUCUUUUGUGUGUUUGUAAUGGUUACAUCACCUCAUGCUGAUGCAAAAAACCAAGGCAACGAGGCAGAUGCUCUUUUAAAGUGGAAAGCAAGCUUUGACAAACAAAGCAAGGAAAUACUCUCUUCAUGGAUUGGUAAUAAUCCUUGUAGUAGUAUUGGACUAAGUUGGGAAGGAAUCAUAUGUGAUAAUAACUCAAAAUCUAUUAACAAGAUAGAUCUCACCAGUUUUGAACUAAAAGGUACACUUCAAAGUCUCAAUUUCUCAUCACUUCCAAAAAUCCAAAAAUUAGUUUUGAGAAACAACUUCUUCUAUGGAGUUAUUCCAUACCAUAUUGGUGUAAUGUCCAAUCUGAACACUCUUGAUUUUUCACAAAACUACCUAUAUGGCAGCAUUCCCAAUAGCAUUGGUAAUCUGUCAAAACUCUCCCAUAUUGAUCUUAGUGAAAAUGAUAUCUCUGGAAUUAUUCCAUUUGAGAUAGGAAUGUUGGCCAAUAUAUCAAUUCUAUUGUUAUAUAACAACACACUUACUGGCCAUAUUCCUCGUGAAAUUGGCAAGUUGGUCAAUGUCAAGGAGCUAUAUUUUGGAAUGAAUAGUCUUUAUGGUUUCAUUCCUCAAGAAAUUGGCUUUCUAAAACAAGUCGGUGAACUUGAUUUGUCUGUGAACCAUUUCUCAGGCCCAAUCCCUUCUACAAUUGGAAACUUGAGCAACUUACGACAUCUUUACCUUCAUAGCAGCCAUCUAACUGGUAACAUUCCUACUGAAGUCGGAAACCUUUAUUCCCUUCAAUCAUUCCAGCUGUUAAGAAACAACCUCUCCGGGCCAAUCCCUUCAUCCAUUGGUAACUUGGUCAAUUUGGAUAAUAUUCUCCUUCAAAUAAACAAUCUCUCUGGACCAAUUCCUUCCACUAUCGGAAACUUGACAAACCUCACUUGGUUACAGCUUUUCUCAAAUGCAUUAAGUGGCAAUAUUCCAACUGUAAUGAACAAGCUUACCAAUUUUAGAAUAUUGGAGUUAGAUGAUAAUAAUUUCACAGGUCAAUUACCACUCAACAUUUGUGUUAGUGGAGAGUUAACUUGGUUCACCGCAUCCAAUAAUCAUUUAAGUGGUUCAAUCCCAAAACAACUUGGAAGUUUGUCAAUGUUAUUACACUUGAAUUUAAGCAAAAAUAUGUUUGAAGGAAACAUUCCUGUCGAGUUUGGCCAAUUAAAUGUUCUUGAAGAUCUUGAUCUUAGUGAGAAUUUUUUGAACGGAACCAUUCCAGCAAUGUUUGGACAGUUAAAUCACUUAGAAACAUUGAAUCUCUCACAUAAUAAUCUUUCUGGUACCAUUCCCUUCAGAUAUGGUUAG